AUUUAAAUUUCCCCGCUCUUUCGUUUUAUUGAAAAGUCCCCAAAAAAUACGACGAUAUAUUACAGCAUCACCACAUUCUUGUACGGCGAGAGGGCAGUUUAGGCAAAUAACCACCACCGGAAACUGGCAGGCAGCUACUGUAGGCAUUUCCGUUAAUUCCAAUCAAAACCAUGGUGUUUUCCGUCAAUUCUAUUCCUCGGAUAAAGUUAACACGCUUAAACUACCAAGCCGGCUACUCUCCCCAUCACGCCGGUGACGGAAUUCACUACGCAUUCCCAAUCAUAUUCCUCCACCUCACCCCUUGCCCAACUUCUCUUCUCCACGUGUCCCCCUACGCUCUCUUUUUCAUAGCCCACCUUCUCCUUCUCCGUCAGCUCCCAAAAUUUUCCCGUCAACGUUUCUAAUAUAUACAGUCGCACGCACCUCCUUUCUCUUUGUUCUAUGUUUCUUUAUUUGCUCUUUUUAACUUGUAGUCGGAAUCAUCAGAUCUAAGCCGUUGAUUUUUGUCGCGAUGGACGAUGAUGAGGAGAUACAGUCACACACAUCGGCGGCCACCGGAUCUCCCUCGCCGUCUCCACCCAACGGGAGAAUUACGGUGACGGUGGCUGCUGCGCCUCCGUCUUCUCAUCCUCAACAGCAGAACAACAAUAGCUUAGCGCUAACUCUACCGAUCCAGCAGCCGAAGACCAACGGGGGCGGAAGAGAGGAUUGCUGGAGCGAAGGAGCGACGGCGGUGCUAAUUGACGCGUGGGGUGAGAGGUAUUUGGAGCUGAGCAGAGGGAAUUUGAAGCAGAAGCACUGGAAGGAAGUUGCGGAUAUUGUGAGUAGCAGAGAGGACUAUAAGAAGGCUGCGAAGACUGAUAUUCAAUGCAAGAACCGAAUUGAUACGGUGAAGAAGAAGUAUAAAUUGGAGAAAGCGAAGAUUGCUUCGGGUGGUGGACCCAGCAAGUGGCCGUUUUACGAACGUUUGGAUCAGUUAAUUGGUCCAACCGCCAAGAUCCCUGUUACUGCUGCUGCCGCUGCUGCUUCUUUGUCUAGCAAAGUUCCGGUAGGAAUCCCAGUUGGGAUACGCAGUGGUGGAGCUAGUGGGUCGAACCAAUAUCAGUUUCAUCAAGGAAAGGCACAAAUGAAGAGCAAUCAGGUAACGAAGAGUCAUAAUGUGAAACCGCAUCUUCGAAAACGAAAUCAGGUGGAAACUGAGUCAUCCUCGGAGGAGGAGGAGAAUUUUCCAGAUUCGGAUGAUAGUUUGCCACCAGAGAAGAAGUCAAGGGUGGUGGUGCAGAGAGGAGUGAAUACAAAGGGAGUGAAGGAAAGAAAAGGGUGGGGGAAUUCAAUUAGAAUGUUGACACAAGCAAUACUCAAGUUUGGGGAAGCUUAUGAGCAGGCAGAGAGUGUCAAGUUGCAGCAGGUGGUGGAGAUGGAGAAGACGAGGAUGAAGUUUGCCAAAGAGCUGGAAUUGCAGAGGAUGCAAUUUUUCAUGAAGACCCAGAUGGAAAUCUCGCAAUUGAAGCGCGGUAGAAGGGGAGCAAAUGGUAGUAAUCAUCAUCAUCACAUCAGUGGUAACAAUAUUAUUCAUAAUAAUAACAAUAGUGAUAGUGAUAACUAAGAGUUGAACUUAGAUUUUUGCAGUAAUUUAGAAGUAGAUUUGUAGGUUUCUCUGUGUUACCCCAUUGAUUGUGGAAAACUGGAACUUGAGAAUUGAGAAUAGGGAAUAUUUCUAAUGUUGGGUGCAUCCUCGGUAGUGCUUAUGAAGCUUCAUUUAUAACAGCAAUUUGACUGGUUUUUAAAAUUGUAUCUGUUAUAGAACAUGUAGCGACUACUCUGGUGAGUGUAUUCUUACUUGUAGCAUGUAUCUACAAGAGAAUUGCUUCCUUUCCAAAAUAUUGCUAGUGAUUGUUGGCA